UAACCGAUUACAGAUUCUUAAGUUACCGGCAUGUGUCAAAAGUUUUAGGUUAUAUUUACAAACAUUACAAAAAAUGGAUUUUUUAAGUUUUAUCCGCAACCAAAGUGAAAAACUAAACGGUCGUGACUACAUUAACCACCUAUGGGACGAAAUAGAAGGCACCACUUCCGACCUUGACAUAAACCCGUCGUCAAUCCAAGACUUCAACAACCACUUACCAGUCCUCCUGGAAGAAUUUUGGGAAGAUGCCUUAAAAAAACUAUCAGGGGAAACAACCCUGGACGAAUACGACGACGAGUUGAAAACCUAUCUCCUAGUCCUCAUCUACCAGUGCAUAACCCAAUCCCACGAACUCAUUUCCUACACCUGUGUCUUACACGCACUUGAAGUGUACUUAACUCUGCUCACAACCCCCCAAAGUGACGACUUCUACAAAAGCAAACUCUAUUGUGCGACUUUAAGCACGCUUUUGUCCGCUUUUGACGCUACAGUUAGCGAAAACGUAAACAAUAGGCUCAUGUUUAAACUGCGCUGUUUUGUAACCAAAGCCAAAUUCAAUGCGAACGAUUUGGAGAUAACGCUCGCGAGUUUGACCCAAAUCGUCUUCGUCAAGACACAAGACACGUUUCAGAAUUUUGAGCCAAAUUCGGGCGCUUCACCAGCGUUUGAAGCGCUCCUAAGUUUGAAAAUUUUGUACGAAGUGGAGAAAAUCCCCGCGCGGAAAACACAAAUCGCGUGUUAUUUUUUCAACGGGCUGAGGAAACCCAACAUUCAUCUGCCGCCACGGCUUUUCAGCAUCGUUCAGACCAAUUUCCGGAAUUUGCUCAAAAGCUUGCACAAGAAAUUUAAGGAGGAUCAUUACAAGACGUUCCUUAAUGCCUUUAUCCACGUCUGGAAGCAUCCAGAAUUCACGUUUUUCGGCGAAGCUGUUUGCAUUAUGAACGGUUUGAAGGAGAAACACUACCGUACUUUAAUCGACGUUUUGAACAAAAUGAUGUCUUCGAAGUCGGUCCAUAACAAUUUGUUUAAACUGUCUUUGGCGAUUAUUUGUUUCCCGCCUAAGCACACUUCCAUUGAUAAAAUUAAAGUGACGAAUGAAAUUUUACUAAGGAACAUUUUGCUCAAUUGUAUUUCGCACAAUGGAGCGCUUGAAUCACUUGCCGAAAUUUUGGUGUCGCCUGAUUUGGAUAAAAAUUACGUCAAGGAACCAGUCAAAGCUGUUUUCAAUGUUGGCAGUGACCAAAUAAUGAAUCCCGUUACUAUAAUUCGAGGACUGCAAAGUUUGAUGAAUAAGAAGUGGAGCAGUCGCUCGAAAAAUAAGCAUUUGUUUGUUGUUUUUGUUUCUGUGAUGUUGUUUAGCGAAGAGGAUCAUCCACAACUUUAUAGAGAGGUUUUAGAAUACUUGACAGAAGGGUGCUCUCCCUUUGACCUAAAACCCUUUUUGCCGCUUUUAUCCGAGACUUAUUUAAAACUGAACGAAAAAAACUACAAAUAUAGCGCACUUCAAAUUUUGAAAGUACUUUUUAAAAUGGCACUGCAUCCAAUGGCAUCUUCGACUGAAUUUGUUAAGUAUUUAUACAUGGCUAUGAUUUACCCAAACAUUUGUAAAGGAAUCUCGCAAAAACCUGAUUAUUUCAUCGAACCGAUCAUUUCGGACGACUUUAAUUUCCCCGAUUUUUUCCAAAAAUGCCACACUUUAGGCCUGAUUAAAAAUGAGCACAUAAGUCGAACGAUUGGAAGUCUCUCAAACAUCACAAAAUCUAACUUAAAAUUACUUUGCGCGAUCGUUCACCUGACUGAAUUUAAAGAACUGUCGCAAAUUGCCGACCACAUAAACGACAAUUUUAUGAUGAUUUGUAACAGUUCCGACUUGAAUUAUUUAUUUUACAUUUACAAUAAAAUAUUCAAGAACAACACCGGUUUAAUGCGAUUGAACCAAAACUUGAGGUGUAACGAAAUUAUGGUUUGUUUUCUCAAACAUCACCUCCUCAGACAGACUUUGAGGUGGAAUUGCGUAGCUAAUGCUUUUGCCUUGUUGAAAACUCUUGAAAAGUUCACAAACCUAGACGAGGAUUUUUCCAGAUUAAAAGAGCAAUAUGAUCAAAAGUUAGCUCUGACUUUGCAACACAAGGGCAGUUUUCUCCCGCUAUUGUAUUUCUCGCAGUUAGUGAUUUUCAGUAAACUCACACCGAAUGAUGAAAAUCUUAAAAAUGUCACCGAUUUUUUGCAAUUAUGCAGCGAUGGAUUGCAUCAAAGAUCGCCUGAAUUUAACCCAAAACUCUGGAUCGGCUGUUUACUCCUUUACACCAACAUUUCCAUCAUAAAAACCAGUCUGGUUGAACCAUGCUUGGAACACCUCCAGAGUGGUUUAAACUCACCGGUAAUGGUGGUUAAAUUAACCUCCCUGAACCUGACAUUUGACCUAUGCAACCUGGUGACCCACAAUUUUGAGGACUUGACACGUUACAUGUUCAACCAGCUCGUACACGGCGACAUUGUCUUCAAAAAAACAUGUUUGAAGAAAAUCGAUCGUUUGAUUCGCGACGAUUAUUUGAAACUAGAUUUGGAACAGUUUUUGGUUUUUAUUGCGAUUUUAGGCGACAGAAAUGUGGAUUUAAGCGAUUAUUUGAGACAGCUUUUGAAUGAGAAUUUUUUCGUGUCUAAUGCUUCCGUCACUGCGAGAUUUUUUGUGCCUUUGAUUGUACAUAUUAACGGAUACAGGAAACAUACCGGGUAUAAGUUGGGUAAAAGUGGGGACGAAUUGAUUGAACUCGUGGCCAGAAAUGUGACAAAUAGGCGAAAGAUUUAUUCGUUGUUGUUUGCAAGUCUUCCGGUUAAAACACGGUUUAAUAUUAUUCAAAUAAUUGGGACGCAAAUUUUGGAUAAAAUGAUGAAAGGGGUGCUUAAGCUUGACGAGGGUUUUUGGAAAAUGAUUAAAGAUUCGAUCUUUAUUUUUAAAUUGUUGGCUUUGAAUUCAAACGAGGAGGAAGUUGGUGCAAAUUUUUACAAAAAAGUUUCAGGACAUAUCUCUAAAUAUUUGUUACAGAAGGGUGAAUAUUCGGAGAAAAGUUCCUACGUUGAAUACCACAAAGAAAUUACACAAGGAACGGAACUUUUACUAAAGUUGUUGUUUUUCAAUGAUUUUGAUAAUAUUCAGCAACACAUUAGUAUUUCUCUGUUUGAUGCAAUCAUGCAUUGGACCAAUUUUCUGAUGGCUGAUUUGGUGCAUAUUGUUCACGUUGAACGCAAUAAAACAAUACAAAAUUUUUUCUCCAAGUUUGAGAAAUAUUACAAGCAAAAUUGUGACAACUUGAGGUAUACGGAAGAGUCAUUUGAGAGCGGGAACAGUCUUCAGAAUGAUGUUUUACCUCCAAGUUUUUUUUUCAAUGUGGCCGAAGAUUAUGUCCCACCAUUUGAAGACUCUUAGAAUUUAGAAUGAAAUGGGAUUUGUUAUUUUUUUUUUACAAAGUUAUGCGUUCUUAUUUGAACAUAAUAAAUGACUUAAAAGUAAA